GGCAAGCUGUGAGACUACAUUUCCCACAAUGGCAGCAGAGCACUGCGCCAGGCGCUCCACCUAUCCGGCGGCCAGCUGUUGACUUGAGCCGCGGCGGUAUCGGCGGCUGCAUCCUGGCCGGAUAACAGCAGCGCUUCAGCACUACUGAACAGGUGUCAUCAACUGUCACAGUCAUGAUGAAAACAGGUGCCACCAAGUUGGGGAUCCCCAAGGCGGCACUGCAUGAACGGCCUAAGCAAGCUUCUUCAGCUCCCUCUUCUUCAUUCUCCACGACCACCUCCACAGCCAUGAGGACUUCCAGAUCGUCCAAUAUGCUGGCCUCAGACCAGCGCCUCAGCAGGAUGAAACGAGCCAACAGUGAUGAUGCUCUGACUAAACCUGCACUGGGAGCUGCUGCGUCCGGCUUACGCAUGAAGAAGACUGUGACCACUGGAGCUAUCUCAGAUCUUGCUGAGGCCCGGCCACGUAGUCUAGCUGGUUGUCAAACAACUAAGAAGUCCGGUAUUCCGGCACCAAGAGAAAUCCCAUCUUCAAUUACAAGGGACCGCAUCUCCCUGAGGGACCAGUUGAGGAGCUCAUCCACUAAAAGGAUUGUUUCAAGUGCCAGCACAUCCAGUCUCUCUACCCUGGCAAAGCAAACACGAAGUUCAACAAAGUGCCGUGGAGAAGCAGAAGGACAGGAAAAGAGCCUCCUGGAAUGUCAGGUUAGAGAGCUGUUAGCUGAAGCCAAGGCUAAAGACUUGGAGAUCAGCAAUCUCCGCAUGGAGUUGCAACGUUGCAAAGGUAAAGCCACCACUUCCUCCCCGUUACCAUCAGCCGUCUCAGUAUCACCUCAAGAGCUGUCUCUAGAAAAAGAGGGAAAGCUCACAGAGGCUCUUGUACUCAUUCAUGAGCUGAGGGAAAAAAAUGCAAAAUUUCAGCGAGAGCUAGCAAACCUCAGAGAAGAGAACCAAGUGCUAAAGAGAAGAGUUCUUUCUUUUGAGACCUUACCAUUGUCUGUUAGCCCUCCUAAACCUCAAAAUAGCCUACUGCCAGACACCAGCCCAACUACCAGCCUCAUUAAAAAAUCUGUCUCCCCCAGUUCUGUGAAGGACUCACCUUCACCUGACUCAUCAGAGUUUGAGAAGAUCCCACGUUCAGAGUCGAUCAGCAGCAAUGUCAGCAGUGAAGCCACUGCAGGUGGGCAUGAUGUAUCUGUACGGAGCCUAACUGAACAGAUCCACAAAAUGGAGGAAAACCACCACAGUACUGCAGAGGAACUACAGGCCACUCUGCAAGAGCUUUCUGACCAGCAGCAAGUGGUGCAAGAAUUGACUACUGAGAAUGAGCGCCUGGCUGAGGAGAAGCGCCUCCUCCAGACCUCACUCCAGCAGCAAAGAGAUCGUUUAGAGCUUCUCUCCCAAAAGAAUGAGGCAUUGGCUAGCCGACUUCAAGAGCAGGCCCAGGCCCAGGCCCAGAGGGAGGAUGAGUUCAGGAGCCAAGGUCCUCGACUUGUCGAACUAGAGCAAAGGUACACUGAGCUGGUUGAGAGCUCACGAUUUGAACGGGAGAAGCUGGUGAACAUCCAACAGCAGUUAACAGGCAGCCUACGAGCUCUUGAGGAGGAGCACCAGGAGGCGCAGGGCCAGGUGCAUGGGCUCCAAGAAGAGAUGGAUAGGCUGCAUACCCAACUAAACCGGGAGCUGGAAGCCAGGGGUGAAGGUGCACGGUCAGCACAAGAGCAGAGAGCUACAAUUGAAUGUCUCAGAAUGGAAAAUAAUAGGCUGAAGGCACAGGUGGACAUAGAGAGGCAGAAGGUGGGUGAGUUGAAGGCCAUGCAGAGUGCCAGCGAUAGUACUGAGCUGCAGAGCCUCCUCAAGACAGCCCACGCUGAGAGAGACCGACUGGAGCAGGAGUUGACAGAACUGAAGCAGGACCUACUGCAGGCCCAAGAUGAGACUGAGCACGUACAAGCUAGCAUGUCCAAGGUGGAGGCCAAAGGCCAGCAGGUCCAGGAAAGAGCCGAGAUGAGGGAGGAGGAGCUCACCAGGCGGGUGAGUGCCUUGGAGGAGGCGGGCAUCCUGGGCGAGAAACAGGUGAAGGAAAUGAAGGAGACCAUCUUUGAACUGGAGGACCAAGUGGAGCAGCAACGGGCCAUCAACCUCCAUACGAAUCAAACAGUCGUCGACUUAGAGAAUCUUGUUAAAAACAUCGAAGAGCAGAAAAUUGAAGCAGAACGACAACUGAAAGUUUUUAGUAGGCAGAUGAAGGAGGAAAAAGAUGAGUGGCGUCGGUUUCAGGCCGAUCUCCAAACAGCAGUGGUGGUUGCCAAUGACAUCAAGGUGGAAGCCCAACAGGAGCUCCGUACACUCAGAAGGCAGCUGCAGGAGGAGCAGGAUCGCAAUACCAAGCUUUCUUUGGACCUGGAGACCCUGCAAGGUGUCAGAUCUCAAGGUGAUGAUUUACAAAAGUCCCCUUGUGACAGCAGUCGUAAGUGGGGCAGUGUGAUCCUAAGCCCCCCUACUGAUGCCAAUGGUGAUGCCGGUCAGGAGUCUGGAGCUACUGUGAAGUCCCCUGAUAGGCCUGCUGGAGGACAGAAUGGACCCAGCCUGACAGUUCAAAUCCACAGUUCGCCGAGAAGUCCACUAAGUGGAAUCCCUACGCGCACAGCACCUGCCGCUGCAGUCUCGCCAAUCCAGAGGCAGUCGUACAUAAAGCCCUUGUCAGAGUUGUUGGAAAAAAGAAUCAGUCACAGAGACUUUGUUCAUCCUCACAGAAAAUUUUCAGCCAGUGGAGAAGAUACAAAACCAAACAUCCUGAUGAGGAAGAGUCCAUCCCUGGAGUCUAUAUUCAAAAGUCCCGCGUCCCUGAGGAGCCGUACGGCUUCUUUUGGCUGCAACCAGGCCAACAGCAUGUUCAGUACGGACCCCUUGGCUGCACUCGCGCGGGAGUAUGGGGGAUCUCGGAGGAAUGCUCUACUGAAGUGGUGCCAGAAGAAAACACAAGGCUAUCCGAAUAUUGACGUGACCAACUUCAGCAGCAGUUGGAGUGAUGGUUUGGCUUUUUGUGCCCUCCUGCACACGUAUUUGCCUGCUCACAUCCCUUACCAGGAACUCAUCAGUCAAGAUAAGAUCCGCAACCUGACGCUGGCUUUCCAGGCCGCCGAGAGCAUCGGAAUCAAACCUUCCCUGGAGAAGAAUCCCCAAGGCCACUUGCUCACGUGACGUUUUGCUCUAAGCAGAACAUCGAGGAGCUGAUGAAGACCGACAGGCCCGACUGGCAGAGUGUCAUGCAGUACGUCUCGCAGAUCUACAAGUACUUUGAGACCUGAUUGGUGUCCACGCCGCCUUCGCCUUCUUGACAGACUUGCCUCCUGUUUGGCGCUGGACACUAGAGCGCACCUGCUUUGUACUACAAAGCGUUCAACAACAAAGUGCCCACUCAGCACAUUCCUGGUCUUAAAGUGUCAAAGUCGAAGACAUGAAGCUCACUAGCGCUUGAUAGAGAUUGCCAAAUAGUUCGUAGAAUUACUUUUCUCUUUGAAAGGUACUCUGCUUUGUGUAGCCCCCAUCAGCAAUGAUACUGUGCCUGCUUUGAAAACAUGUAUAGUAAAGUAUAUGAAACGUGUCAUUCAACCAUGGUAAAUGUGGGACAUUUUCCAAUGAUCAUCAGCCCCGUAGCUCAGUGGUUAGAGCACUGGUUUGGUAAACCAGGGGUUGUGGGUUCGUAUCCCGCUGGGGGCCUCCGCUCCCUGAGAAGGGUUGCGUCAGGAAGGGCAUCCGGCGUAAAAAUGGUGCCAAACGUGUGUGUGUGUGUAUAUAUAUGCGUUCAUCUGUGGUGACGCCGAAAGAAACACACACAUCAGCACAUAUUGUUGCUUUGGAAAUCAAACAUUUAUUUAUUUACGUGCAUCUUGAGGCGUUAACACGUGGACAUACUAUACAUUUGUGAUUUUUUUUUUUUUUUUUUUAAGCAAUGAUGUCACAUUUCAAGAGCUGUUGCAUUAAUAAAGGAUCGUCAAUUUGUAUUUAUUAUUAAUACUCGUGCAAAGCAGAUUGUCCCAAGGGUGAGCAGGAACCAAAUUGCCUCCCGGAUGAACCGAUUGUCGUAGGAAAUUUAAUAUUUUAAUGACUGUCCAACAGACAUGUUUUGAUUACGUAGAGGCUUUUUAGGUCCUCUGUUAGGCAAGCGGUGGAAGAAGUACACAUACUUAAUUACCAGUAGAAAUAGAUGGGAAGAAAAGGUAGUGGUUUUGAUUCAAUACUAGAAAGUAAAGGUUAAAAAAAAAAAGGAAACAAUUUUUUUUUUUUUUUUUUUACUCUGGAUUAUGUACAAAAUGUGUUUGGAUAUUUUAGCAAAUAAUUGACUGGUCAUACUGUCAAAAUAUGUUUCGGCAACUAACAAUUGGCGCAAUGCACUGCUGUGAAUCAUCCAUCCAUUCAUUUUCUGUACUGCUUAUCCUCACUAUGGUCGUGGGUGUGCCAGAGUGCAUCCCAGCAAUCUUCGGGCGGGGGUACACCCUGAACUGGUCGCCAGCCGAUCGCAGGGCACACGGAGACAAACGGCCGCACUCACAAUCACACCGUGGGGCAAUUUAGAGUGUCCAAUUAAUGUCGCAUGUUUUUGGGAUGUGGGAGGAAACCGCAGCACCCGGAGAAAACCCACGCCGGAAUGGGGAGAACAUGCAAACUCCACACAGGCGGGGACGGGACUUAAACCCUUGUCCUCAGGACUGUGAGGCAGAUGUGCUAAACAGUCGGUGGGAUUCCAUCCCAUGACUCAUUUUUGGUCACACAAUCAAACAUUUCAUAAGGCCACGAAUGGGGAAUAUCUUGCUUUUCCAAAUCUUUUGCUGCCAUUGAUGCUCCCUGGUUCAAGUUACACCACAAACACACUUUUUUGGUUUUUAAUUUUUUCUACACCUUAUAAGGCAAGAUUUCAACCAUGUGUAGUUGAUGUUACCUCACCUCUUUUUCUGUGGCGUUAAAAAACGUAACGGGGUUCUUUUGACGAUGGAAGGCAUGGAAUGUGCAGAAUAUAUAAAAAGUUUACACAUCCCUGUUCAUCUGCCAGGUUUCUGUUACAAAAAAAAAAAAAAAAAGAGAGA